CGGUGACCAUAUAGUUAGCCAGAUGAUUCUAACAAAUGGUCAUGUUCAUGACAAUAAAAGGCCCUUGGGAUAUGUUAUGGUCAUACGAGACUCCAAGGGCAAUCGUUUCGGAUGCUACUUGAAUGAGCAUUUACAUCCCAUGGAACAUAGGCGGUAUUACGGGAAUGGUGAAUGCUUUCUUUGGAAACUAGAGAAAAUCCACAAGAAUUCCACCCAAGACACAGACUUAGAUCAUCAUAGAUUCAAAGCAUUCAUGUACACUGGCAUAAACGAUAACAUUAUCUACUCAAACCAUGAUUUCAUAGCCAUUGGAUCCUCCAAAGGACAAAACGGUUUGUGGAUAGGCUCCAACCUUCUAGAAGGUGUGAGUUAUCGAUGUGAUACAUUUGGCAAUGAAGUUUUGAAUGGAAUAGGCGAUCGGGGUGAUAGCAGCAGCUUCGGAGAUUCCGUAGUAGGAAAAUUCAAAAUACUAGGACUAGAAAUAUGGCGGAUUGGUACGUUAGAGUGAAGUGGCAUUUUGAUUCCUCAUUUUAACUUUAAAGAAUAAACCUGGAAAUCGGUCAAAUUUGGGGGUAUUGAGAAUUCAGGCAGCGUCAAGAAAGUUUAAGUUUUCUAUACUGCAAACUAAUGCACAAUGCCCUAUUGGAAUUAGAUAUCGUGAAAAGCAAUAAUAACAUCAACAUAAACAUUAGUAAUAGCUCAACAAAUGGUGAACUCGUUUGACUGAAUAGACGGUUAAUUAAUGCUCGUAUUUGUGGGAUGGCGGAAGGCUGCCGGAAGGCUGCAAAUAGGCGAUGCAAUUCGAAGCUGCAGAAGUUGCCGUUAUUCUUGAGCUUGGCAAACAAUGGCAUGGAUAAACUGUGCCGUUCAUUCAGGU